AUGUCAGCUGGGAAUCACAGCUUUGUGACAGAGUUUGUCAUCGUUGGGUUCCCUGGACUUCAGCCAGAGUUCUAUGGUCUUUCCUCAACUGUAUUAUUCCUCGUUUAUUGCUGCAUUUUAAUAGGAAAUGUUGUUGUUAUUAUCUUGUUCGCAACUCAUAACGUUCUCCAUAAACCCAUGUAUUUUAUCAUUUUGAAUCUGGUUGUGUCUGACGUGCUAUUCAGCACCACCACUUUACCAAAGAUUAUUGCCAGAUAUUGGUUUCAGGCAGGAGCAAUUUCUUUCUUUGGUUGUUUUUUGCAAAUGUACUUAGUUCACUAUUUUGGAUCCGUAACUAGCCUUCUCCUAUUGAUAAUGGCUUUAGACCGAUACGUGUCAAUCUGUUUCCCGCUCAGAUACCCAAUGAUUAUCAACAACUCCACUAUUCAUAUACUCAAUGUCACUGCGUGGGUGCUUGCACAUCUUCCCUCUCUUUCAAUGGUAAUUAGGGCCUAUCCUCUUCCUUACUGUGACUCAAACAAAAUCAUGCAGUGCUACUGUGAUCAUAUCGCUAUAACAACGCUUGCAUGCACUGAUAGGGUUCCUUAUAGUUUUCCUGCUUUUGUUUUAGCAAUGGUGGUAUUACUGGGACCUCUUGCUUUCAUUAUAUUCUCAUAUUGCUCUAUUAUUGUGGCAGUUGUUCAGAUUGCGAGCUCCCAAGGCCGCCUCAAAACCCUUUCUACCUGCAGUGGUCAGCUGAUCAUCAUUGCCCUGUAUUUUCUCCCCAGGUGUUUUAUUUAUCUGGCCAGUAAUAUCGGCAUUAGAUUCAGCACUGAUUUACGUAUUGUUGUUAUCAUGUUGUAUAGCCUGCUCCCUCCCAUGAUCAAUCCACUGAUAUACUGUCUAAGAACUAAUGAAAUAAAACAGAUAAUGAUCAAACGAUUUAGACGAAUACAAGUGCACAUUCAAUAAGAUCGCAUAGGACUAAUAAAUUAUUUUUUGUUCAAUCAAAUAAAAAUACUAUACUGUAUAUUUGUAAAUCCGUGCAUUAUAAGUGUUUUAUUGCUGAUUUCCAUGGCCUAACUGAGUAUAAAGA